AUGAACGCUGCUUUACCCAUAAGGACUCACGGAGAUAUUGAUAGUUGAGCUCAGAAUUUCUCUGGUACUCAUCUUCACUGUGCUUUGAAGAUAGAGCUGACCUGAGAUUAGGUUACUAGCAUAUCAAUGGGUGUAAUUUUAUGGCUUGGCUUUUAGACAAAUCAGGCUCUAACUGAGGAGAUGCGUUUUUUUUUUCUCUUUUUUUAAUCAGCAUUUUUUUAUUAUAAAAAUAUCUUGUUUUCCAUCUAUCAUUGUAACAUAUUUUAUCAUUGUGUAGUUAUUUUGAUUUGUUUCUUGUUGAAGUUCAAAAAAGAAUCGUUUGCGGGAUUUCAUGUGACUAGAAAAGAGAAAACAAAGAACACUCAUGAAAGUUAAAGAGAGAACUACAUAGAAAAUGAAAGUACCAAGCAACUUGCUCUAAAAAGAUCACAUGCUUCCAUCACCACCACUAACAUAUUUCCUUUGCCCUCUUCAAACCGCUAGGGUAUUCUUGUUUCUAAAUAUUUAUUAAGAAAGUGUGGUUAAACAUCUUGUAUUAUACAUUGUGUUACGGUCUGUUAAUACACUGGCUUUGCUUGAUAUGGUUCACUCAAAUUACUAAACAAUAAGAUGGAUAUAUUGCUUGGUCAGAGUCCAUACAUUGUAAAAGAAAAAAAGUUAACCAAGUUAAUAACCAAGAAAAUUGAAAUUGCAUCAAAUUUUAGCAAAAAAAAAGAAAAUUGAAAUCAUGCAAAAUAUCUAGAUAUAUGUGGAAGGGCCGUAUGUAAUAAUUCCACAAGUGACCGUGAUCUAAAAAGUGGAAAAACUUGUAAAGAAUUGAAUAAACACGAACACCCUUCUCCCUCCACACGUACCCAUGGUUAUAUAUAUAUAGGCACUUACGGUUGCAUUUAAAAGGCAUCACAACCAAAUUAUCAGAGCAGAAGUAACACACCCACUAAAGCUUAUAUAAUGAAGAUGCUAUAUUCUAAGGGGAUGAGACUCUCUGAGUUGAUGGAGAAGUGGAGAAAGAGGAAGAAAGGGCAUUUCACUGUUUACACCAAAGAAGGGAAGAGAUUCGUUUUGCCCUUGGAUUAUCUCAACCAUCCGAUUUUACAAGUGUUAUUGGAGAUGGCUGAGGAUGAGUUUGGAACUACCAUUGAUGGUCCUUUGAAGAUUCCUUGCGAUGGGAGUUUAAUGGAUCACGUCAUCAUGCUUGUGAGGAGAAGUAUGUCUGAUAACUAUGAUGAUGAUGAUGUGGGGAAGAAGUCAGAGGUUUGUUCCACGAGCACCUGCAAGGGAGCUUCAAUCUCUUCUCUAAUACCUCUAUUUCGUGGACAGAGCCAGAUUCGGUCCUUAGUUUCCUAAUACUCGUUUGUGGUUACGGACUCGAAGGUGUUUGUUUAUAUGUAAUUUUUUGGUAAUUUGAAUGUAGCGAGUGUAAUCAACCUAAAUUUUGAAAUGAUUUGUAUUAAAAUGGUAAAUCUCCAGUUAUUCAAAUAUGGAUUAAUGUUUUUCAACUUAUGGUUUUAACUGUUUUUAAAAUCCACCAUUGCUAAAAAAUCAAAAUCUAAUAGUAGUUUUAGAUGGAAUUCUUCUAGCAUGCAGUCAUAAAUUUUUUUU